AUUUCACUUCUUAUCUCUACACAAAUAUACAUAUAUAUAGGGGAAAUCAAAGAGAUAAAAUUCUUGUAGGGGCGAAACAUAAGCCAAAGUGACCUUUUUAUUAUCACUUAUAUAGGCUUAUACAAUUUCUCUUAGAUAUCAGUCUGCUGCUUAUUUACGUACACGUCGCAUGUAUAUAAAGCGAAUUAUAUAAUAUUCUAUAUAGUACCUUUUAUCUCUGCUCUUCCUUUUUUAACGUUUUGUCUUUGAAUAAAAAUGUUAUCGGCAACAAAAUCCGAGAUAGAUAUGCGUAAGGUGAAAGUUCCGGAGAACAUCAUCGUGGAUUGCGACGCCGGUCUAGACGAUGCUUUAGCUUUGAUUAUCCUCUUGGCCGGUCAUAAGGAUUCCAAAAUCAAAGUUAAAGCCGUCACUUGCGUGAACGGUAACACCAACGUGAACAAUGUGGUGAAAAACGUGUUUAGGACGCUGGACGUGUGCGACUGCCAGGAAAUACCAGUUUAUCAAGGUGCCUACUCGCCUUUAUUAAAUACUCCUAAUGCUGAAGAGACAGCAUCUGAGGGAUAUCAUGGAUCCGAUGGAUUUGGAGAUGUAUAUACUGAUCAGCCAGAUACGAGUAGACUGCAAAAGGAACACGCCGUGUGUGCUUUGCACAGAAUUACAUCAGAAGAUCCUGGUAACGUCUCCGUGGUCACUUUGGGUCCCCUGACAAAUGUAGCAAUGGCUAUAAAAAUGUAUCCGGAAUUUGUGAAUAAUGUGAAGGAGUUCUUUGUGAUGGGUGGAAAUUCAUCUGGAAUGGGUAACAUAACUUCACAGGCGGAAUUUAAUUUUUACGCAGAUCCAGAGAGUGCACACAUUCUACUCAACAGCAACAUCAAGCCGUUAUGGUUGUUGCCAUGGGAAUCCUGUUUAAAAUCCCAAGUAACACAUGACUGGCGAAGAGACGUACUGGGCAAGAUAAAUACACCUUGUGUUCUCAUGAUGAACAAAAUCGAGGAUGGCAGACGUGUUCAAGUGAAAAAGCACUUUCUCUCUUAUAUAGCGUGCGAUGCUUUCUUAGCCGGGAUCGUCAUGAGACCUGAAAUGGCUAAAGAAGUCAUUUCAUGGCACGCGGACGUUGAAUUGGGCGGUAACAAAACCCGGGGUCAGGUUGUCCUGGAUCACAUGCUAUUCAAUAAACCAAAUGUGAAUCUGAUAAAUGAUUUUGAUUCAGAGAUGUUUAAAGAUGUGUUAGUGAGCGCAGCGCGUACAUUGCGGGAGAUUAAAUAAAGCAGAGGAUGCAAUUAUAUGAAUAAACGGAAUAAAUCGGAGCAAAAAGGAAAGGAAGAGACUGAGAAUUUAUUUUCAAGAUCAUACUAGCGAAGAAAUAAUGGAUUUAAUGGCUUACGUACCUUAUUCUAUGACAGCACCAACUGUCCAGGUAUAUAAUCAUCACUCAACAUCAAAGUACAUCAAGAACACGAAAUUACUUUAUGAUUUUUUACAGUGAUAUUCGAUUGCAUAGAUAUGAUUUUGCAAAAAGAUUUUAUUAUAUAUAAAAAGUGAAUGUAUAUUUUUAUUAAAGAUAAUGAGAAUGAUUUGCAACAGAA